CUGCCUUGGCAGCAGCCGGGACGCCGUGAGCGGCCGGUGGCGCGGGGCGGCGGCGGUGCCGCCAUGCUGGGCGCCGCGGGCCCCUCGCUCCGCCCGCAGAGACGGGCCUGGCCCGAGCGCCCGGCCGACGGCCGCCCCCCGCCGCGGCAGCGCGCGCCGGCGGCGGCCGUUGGCGCCGCUCGCGCCCGCGCCUCAGCGGCGCUGCCCGAGGAGCGGCGGCGGCGGGUGGCCCCGCUGGCAGCGGCCCCGCCGGCCGAGGCGGGCGAGGAGCCGCUUCUCAGGGGCAUCUUCGAGAUCAGCAAGAGGAGCUGCGACGUGGUGCUGAGCGCCCGGCGGCUCCGCUGGAGCCCCAUCCUGCCCGAGAGCCCCGCAGGUGGUGGUUCCAGUGUGGAUUUACAGGCUCAAGAGGAGAUGAUUGAAAUGAAAGAUGUAUUUUCAGUAAAACUGAAACGUCGUCGUUUUGUAGGGCAGAAAAAAGGUGGUACUUUGUUGGGUAUCACAAUUUUUAAAUGCUUGAAUAAAGAAGAUAAUAAACUAACAGACUGUGCUAUCCAUUUAAAUAACUUAAGUGAAGAUCAUUGUCAUUCAUGGUUUAGACAUCUAAAGGAAAUUUUGAAUGGCUUUCAGAAUAGACCAAAAUCCUUAAAAGUGUUUGUUAAUCCAAGCAGCCACAAAAAAGAAGCCACUCAUGUUUAUUAUGAACAAGUUGAACCUCUUUUUAAGCUUGCUGACAUCAAAACUGAUGUCACAGUAACUGAAUAUGAAGGACAUGCUCUCUCAGUACUUAAAGAAUGUGAACUCCAGGCAUUUGAUGGGGUAGUUUGUAUUGGUGGAGAUGGAUCUGUCAGCGAAGUUGCUCAUGGUCUGCUACUUAAAGCCCAGAUAGAUGCUGGAAAAAACACAGACUAUAUACCAAAGCCUGUCAGAGCACCGGUUCCUCUUGGAGUAAUACCAGCAGGUUCUACAAAUAUUUUGGCCCAUACUCUGUAUGGUAUUAAGCAUGCAGUGACUGCAGCAUUGCACAUUGUAAUGGGGCAUAUUCAACCAGUAGAUGUCUGUACUUUCAGUACUCCAAGCAAGCUGUUGCGGUUUGGAUUCUCAGCUAUGUUUGGUUUUGGUGCAAGGACUCUAGCUUUGGCUGAAAAACACCGUUGGAUGCCCUCCAAUCAGCGGAAGGAUUUUGCUUUUAUCAAAACCCUGGCAGAUCUCAAGCCAGAGGAAUGCGAAUUAUCAUUUCUACCCGUACAAAUUCCACAGGAAGACUUUCAUGAGAAUGUCAAAAAGAAGAAAGAGAAAUUAAAAAAAAAGGGUAGCAAGGAUCAAUGGCACAAAAUUCAGGGUCACUUCCUGAAUGUGAGCAUUAUGGCAAUCCCUUGUCUGUGUUCAAUGGCACCAAGAGGCUUGGCACCUAAUACGAGCUUCUACAUGUAAGGUUUUGGGAAACAAAUGUGUAUGUAAUUUGGGUGUUGACUCGUUUUGCCUUUAGCUCAUUGUGAAGAGCAUGCUUUGUGGUGAUUAAAACAGCUGUCAUGUGAUAAAUAUUUGUACUUGAUGUAUCCAGUUGACAAUUAAGCAGAAUAGCAAGUACAAACUUUGUAGUUGUACAUGAAAUACAACACACUACCUCAAAAAAGAAUGCAGAAACUCAUAUAUGUGUGUGUGUGUGUUUAUGCAUAACUAUUGAAAAAAAAACCCCCAACACUCAGGAAGGUUUAUGGAAUGAGGCUGUUUUGUUACAUUUGAUUAUCAUUAGGUAAAAAUAGAUGUGCCUUAGAAUUAAUCAAAUAUUUUUCUUCAAAAUUACUGGCUCAUCUGGUAAAAUUUGACUUCUUGGAAGGAAUGUAGAAACAAGUGUUUUUGAUUAAACUGUUAUUGAGAAGUUUUCUUUGCUACAGGGGUUGUGCUAAGCCUUAGGUACCUCAAAAGAGUGCCCUGAUGCUCUCUGGGGUUAGGAACUUACUCUGCUCAGCAUUUGGUGUGUUGUUGUACCAGUCAGUAGAAAAACUCUGACACGAAUUGACGAAAUAAUUCUUUUUUAGCUUUGCUUUCUCUUUCCAUCUGUUCUGGCACCUGUUUCUCAGUGAUAGGGAAUUUUAUGACAACCCCAUGCAAUUAUUGGAGGUCUGAGCCUGUUUCUCCCACAGUGUAGUUGCUCAGUGGAUUCCCCUGUCCUUUCAUAGAAGGGCAUCAUUUUUUUCAUCUCUUUUUAAAAAUAAUCUUAGGAGUGCAGUCAGCUAGUUGGGUCAGAAGAGUAGACUCUUCAAACAGGUGCUUCAUUUCUCAUAGUGAAUAGUAUCUUGACUAUAAGGUUUUUCAGUACAGCGAACAUAAAUGUUGCACUGACUGUUAGAGACUUGAGACCUGUUAUGGAAGCAUCAGCUAAACUCAGCUAGGUUUCUUUACUCUGUCCUAUUUUCCCCAAGACAUUUUUGCCAUGUAAAGGCAUUUGAAGUGGAAUGAAAGCUUUGACUGCUUCCUGUAGCUCUAGUUAUACUAGUCUAAAUUUGCAGAAACAUGUCAAGACACAUUUAACUUUCUACGCUAUGUGAGCCAUGUGGAACAUUUGGUUCUCGCAGCAUAGGUGGUGUGCUUUGCUGCAGAUUGGACUUUCAAGAGAAUUAAUGAGAAUUCUUAGUCAUCUCUGAAGAUAAAAGACCACGGUGCCAAAUGCAUUGCCCAAUAGCCUGCUGUGCCCUUUUGUUGCAGCAAAUAUGAUAAGGAGGCAACUUUUUUCGAUUUUACCAUCACUGUUUUCUAAGUCAGCAAAGUAAUGCUAUACCAGGUGCCUUGCUUAAUGGUUAUAUAAAAAUUACCUUCCUAGAUUGUGCUGUAUCGUAGUCUGAGAACAUUCCUGAUGCAGUUGUUCAGUAGCCAGAGAACUAUGAGUGGGGUGAGAUCCAUGGUGGCAGGCUGGAAGUAUUUUUUUAAAACAUUCUUAACAUAUUUUCCAAGUAUACAUGCUGAAUAAAUAAAUAUAGGUAUGCAUGCAUAUAUAUAUUCAGAAGAUGUGAAAUACCUCAUCUCUAUAUAGAACACAGUCUCAGCAGUGAUUGUCAGGUUUGUCAAAUACUCCUGGUGAAUAUUGAUUUGUCUCUACAACAUAAACAGGACUUGGGCAUGAUUGCAUUGACACUCAGGUUGUUAGCUUCUGCGACAAGGUACCGUUACAUUAAGGAAUCUGCAAAUUGAUGCUAGCUCAUUGUCAGACACAAAUUCUCAAAGAUGCUAAAAUAUCAAUGGUGACUGGAUACCAAGGGCCAUUGAAUGUCUGCACUGUAGGGUCUCUUGAUUAAUCUCUAGUAUAUGACUCUUGUCUUGUGCAAAAUUCCAUUAGUUUUUAACUUUUAUGUGCUUUGUGAAAUGCAUAAGUAGAACUGUACUGGGAACUGUUGAGUUCUAAUAGCAGCAGAGUUGAAGAUCAGGAUCUUUGUUAGGGCAGCAUGAGUGUUAAUGGAGGAGGUGAAUGAACCCAUCUGCACUGGGUUUUAUGAUGGGGAUGUGCUUCCAUGCAUGGGAGUGGUUUCUUGGUAAACCUCUGCCUCACAGAAUUUAUGGUAAUCAUUAUACUUUGCUGAAGAGAAAAGCAGAAAGAUAAAUUUGUGAUCCCCAGUGUUUAAAAACCAUCUGUUAAAUAGAAAACCAGGUAUUUUUAAAUUAUAGGUACUGCAUUUAAUAAAUUAUGGCUAUUGAUAAGGGAGUACAAUUCUAUUAUUACAGUGUAUGUUAUAUUGAUGCAAAUUAACCUCAAUUGCAUAGUUUAUAUUUGAUCUAUGGGAGGGGGGAGGCAAAAAGAUUAAAAAAAAACAUUGAGUCAUUUCUAUUAAUUUGCUAGCUUUUGGUUUUUUGUUUUUCUUUUAAUCUAGACUAUCAAAGAGCCUGUUAAACUUCCAAAUUAAUUAAUUUUCUUUUGGGAACUAAACUGGUCUGC